CUGACAAACACGGAUGUAGCUCGGCCACCUUCUACCGCAGAUGUGGAAAGCCGACAUAGGCAGACGCAGCAGCCCAUGCAAAAACGGAAUAUCUCUGCAGAAACUGAUAUCUCUUGCUUAAACUGACAGAUUUUUAAUUUUUUUAAUGUUUAUGUUACUUAGAUUGAAGCACGGGUGUUUAAGGAUUAAGUGUCAAAAGUUGUUGUUUUUAUAAAAAAAGGAAACGUAAUUGCUAAAUAUAUACUUAAGUAACAAAAGUAAAAGUAUUAAUCAUUUCAAAUUCCUUAUAUUAAGUGAACCAGACGGCACCAUUAUCUUGUUUUUUACAUGUACGGAUAACCAGGGGCACACUCCAAUACUCAGACAAUCCUUUACAAAAGAAGCGUGGUUAGUGUGUGGUUAGUGAGUCCGCCAGAUCAGAGGCAAUAGAGAUGACCAGGGAUGUUGUCUCAAUAAGUGCGUCAAUUGGACCAUUGUCCUGGUACUUUUGGGUGUCAGGGAAAAUAUAGUGAAGUAAAAGUAGUCAAAAAUAUAAAUAGUAAAGUACAGAUACCCCAAAAAACGACUUAAGUAUUUUGACUUAAGUACUUUACACCACUGUGUGUGUGUGUGUGUGUGUGUACGUGUACACGUGUAUGUAACACAGAAGGCACCAGUGAGAGGAUCAGAGGGGACCAUAUAGUUCAUUCUAGCUUCCUGUCUCCCUGUGUGUAACAGUGAGUACAGUUUGAGUGAUGUCAGACGUGAUCUCAUCUCUGCACUGGGAGCAUCAGACUGGAGAAGCUACAAAAUGAAUUAUGUUUCUGGAUGCCUUUCAAUCGUUAUUGCUUUGUUCAUCUCUUCAACAGGGGCUGAAGAUGUGGUGUAUGGUCAGGUGGGAGGGACGGUCACACUCCCCAAAUUGAAGUGGGGUUCAGAAAAGGUGACGGUACAAUGGUACUUUGGGAUGGACCAAAAAUCUUUGAUAUUCCGCAACGCCCAGGGUCGAGAGACAAUAGAUCCAGAGUGGAAAGACAGGCUGUCUCUGUCCAAGACGGACUUCUCCCUGAUCAUCAACAAAAUCAGACUGGAGGACUUCAAAUCCUUCAAAUGUGAACUGAAAGAUUUCAGGCCAACACAAAUUAUCUCAGUCACCACAUUCAGACUGUCCCGUGUGAGUGUACAGCCAGUCUCUCCCCUGUUGGCUGGGAAGAAUCUUAAUCUGAAUUGUGACGUAAAGGAAAUAUUUGAGGGGACACAGAGAAGAUGGCUUAGUCCCCAGAAACAGGACCUGAACAAGGACAAGCGUGCCCAGAUUGGAAAUAACGGGGGCCUGACAGUAAUGAAUGUCACUGGCCAAGACAAUGGAGAGUGGACCUGUGUGGUGACAUACCAGGGCAGGGAAGCCUAUGCCAACACCCCUGUUACUGUAAUAGACCUCUCCCCUGCUCAUCCACAGCCUAUCUAUACCUCUGUCUCCUCCCUCUCUCUUCUCCAUCUUCCAUGUUUCUUUUCCAUUCCGCUUCCUCUAUCCUGGUCAGACAGCCAGGAGAAGAGCAUCCAGGGAGGCCGCUGGACCUUUACCCCAAGCCCAGCGGCAGGCUCCCUCACUGGGGUCGUCCAGACCCUCGUCAACCUCUCCCCGGGGCCUCCAUUAGCCUGGGUGACCAAUCAGAAGAGAGGGCUGGAUGUCUCAGCCCUGCAGAGGAAAAAUCUAAACCUCUCCCUGUCAAAGAAAGGGGUGACGGAGGGGGACAGGGGCGACUACACCUGCGCUGUGGAGUUCCAGAGGGACGACACCCUGAAGAGAGAAAUGCGUGUGGAGGUGCUACAGGUGUUUACCUCUCCAGGUCCAGUGGCCUUUUUAGGUCAGGAGGUCAACCUCACCUGUACCCUGGGCCAGCCUCUGACCUCUGACCUGGAAGUGAAAUGGAUCCCACCACAUCACUCCUCCCUCCUCCCUUUAGACUCCUCCCCCCACCCCACCCUUCUCACCAUCCCCGAAGCGACGUAUGGAAAUGGUGGGAGGUGGAGGUGUGAAUUAUGGAGGAACAAAACCAAGCUGACAUCAGUGGAGAUCACUCUGAAGAUAGAGCGAGUCCCCAUGGACGUGUGGCUGUUGGUCACCAUCUGUGCCGCAGCCGUCAUCUUCAUCCUCCUCCUCAUCCUCACUGUCAUCCUCAUCCGACGCCACAGACAGCGGGUGAUGAUGCCCAGACGUGGCAAACGCAGAUUCUGCAACUGCCAAGACCCCAAACCAAAAGGAUUCUACAGAAACUAGAGAUAUUGUACAGACUGGAAUCCCUGUCAAUGGACAAUGUGUCUACUGUUUUAUCUUAGCUAUUCUAUUCUGAUAAAAAGGAACAUCAAAAGGACAAAAGAAGCAAGAAAGAAGAAAGAUGUUUUCAUGUGAUAUUUGAUCAUAGAUUUCACAAGUGUAUAUUGUCCUGCUUUAUGACCUAUGUUCGAGCUACAAUUGAACAAAUACUGUAUAUAAAUAUGUAUAGCUACUGUCACUUUUGUAUUACUGUACACUGUAUUACUGUUCCAUGACAUAGACUGUCCAGGUCAAUCCAGGUGAAAGCUAUGUCACUUGUUAAAUUCACCAUGGGUUGUGUACGUGAGCCAUUCAGAUGCUGAAUGGGCAAGACACAAAAUGUAAGUGUCUUUGAACGGGGUACUUGUAGUAGGUGCCAGGCGCACCGGUUUGUGUCAAGAACUGCAACACUCCUGGGGUUUUCACGGUCAACAGUUUCCUGUGUGUAUCGCAGUGGAGGCUCCUCAGAGGAGGAAGGGGAGGACCUUCCUCCUGAGUGAAUGUCCUAAAAAUUUAAAUAGUGAAACAUAAUUUAAAAAAAUCAUUUUUAGAUAAAACUAUACUAAAUAUAUUCAUGUCACCAAAUAGUUGAUUAAAACACACUGUUCUGAAAGGAAGGUCUACAGUAGCCUCAGCAGCACUCUGUAGGUUAGCACCAUGGUGUAGCCGGAGGACAGCUAGCUUCUGUCUUCCUUUGUUUUUUUUCGCCUGGUCACAGAUGGCUGAUGUGUUGUGCACUGAUGUCCACAAGUAAAGGGGAGGAGAGCGAGUAGAUAGUCCCGAGAAGGAGUUAUACAACGCGCCGAGUGAUCAUGCUGUUUUUAUGUGGCUGCUAUGAAAGUGAACUGUGUUUGCAUGUGAUCAGGGGUCUAUUCAUUCCGUUGACUCUGUUGAAAAACGUUUCUUAAAUGGAAGCAAACAGAACGAAACGGGGAUAAACAUACUUGAAUCCGUCCAGUCGGAACGGCACCGACCGCCACUGAUAUCAAGAAUGGUCCACCACCCAAAGGACAUCCAGCCAAACUGUGGGAAUCAUUGGAGUCAACAUGGGCCAGCAUCCCUGUGGAGCACUUUUCGACACCUUGUAGAGUCCAUGUCACGACAAGUUGAGGCUGUUCGGAGGGGGUGCAACUUUUUGGAAGGCGUUCCAAAUUUUUGGUAUACUCAGUGGAUAUUGCAUAGGACUGUUUUAGAGUCCAUUAUUUACUGAAUAUUUUAUUAAGAGAAUGGAAUACCGUCUUAAUACUAUAGUUUUUUACGGUUUCAGGUGGUGUGAGCAGACCGCUGCGUGAUCAGGCUCGUUCCAAGGUUUUGUUGAAUUGUUUGAAUUAGUAACAGAGAAAAUACAGGGGUUAUUGCUGUUGUGUUAUAGGACUGUAAAAUAAAAUGUUGGAUUGUAUUGAAAUGAUUGCAUUAAACAAGAGUUACAAAAACAA